GUCAACGGCAAAACCAUCAUUCCCUCUAUGUCUGGUUUCUAAAGAACCUUCUGAGGUGCUCGUGUUUCAAUAUUUCAAGACAUGGCCAUGACGUGGACGGUGGGUACGCAGUGUGUCACCAAAAAGGAAUACUGUAAACCUAAAGCGGGCCAAAUAGCGUAUCGCAAAGGUGACGUCCUCACAAUCCUGGAGCCAGGAGUGAAAAGUGGGGUGUGCAAAGUGAGGCACAACGCGAGCGGAGAAGAAGGCCUGGUGUCCGCAUCCAACCUUCGAGAGAGAGAGGCUGUCCGUAUAGAUCCCAAUCUCAGCCUCAUGCCCUGGUUUCAUGGAAAGAUAUCGGGCCCGCAGGCUGUCGACAAACUGAGGCCCAUGGAAGACGGCCUGUUCCUGGUUCGCGAGUCCAUUCGGCACCCCGGAGAUUUCGUGCUUUGCCUCUGCUUCAAACAGAACGUGUUUCACUAUCGUGUCAUCUUUCGAGACAACAAGCUGACCAUCGACCAUAAAGAGUUCUUCUACAACCUCAUCGACAUGAUCGAGUUUCAUAGCAAAAUCAAAGGCGCCCUAGCUACAGUUCUGCUGAAGCCAAAAAUGAAAGAAGGUGCAAAGUCUGCCGAGACAAAACUGUUGAAAUCGGGCUGGUUGCUUGACCUCUCAAAGUUGACUUUAGGACCGGCCAUAGGUGAAGGGGAGUUCGGAGCUGUGUUUGAGGGCGAGUACGGCGGGCAGAGGGUCGCCAUCAAGAACAUCAAAUGUGACGUUACCGCUCAAGAUUUCCUCGAAGAGACAUCGGUCAUGACAAACCUCCAUCAUAAGAAUCUUGUGCAGUUAUUAGGAGUGAUUCUGCACAACGGACUCUACAUCAUAACAGAAUUAAUGACAAAGGGAAAUUUGGUGAAUUUUCUGCGCUCACGAGGGCGUUUGGCUGUCAGCACGACUCAGCUGUUGCGGUUGGCGCUAGAUGUGUGUGAAGGUAUGGAACAUCUGGAGUCGAAGAAGCUUCUGCACAGAGAUCUCGCCGGCCGCAACAUUCUGGUGUCCGAAGACUCGGUCGCAAAAGUCAGUGACUUCGGUUUGGCGGUGGCAAAGGUCAGUUCAACGACGCCUGACAAUUUAAAGUUACCGGUGAAGUGGACGGCACCUGAAGCCUUUAAGACAAGGAAAUUCACCACUCACUCAGAUGUGUGGAGUUAUGGAGUACUUCUGUGGGAAAUAUUCUCCUAUGGGAGGCAGCCUUACCCGAAGAUGACGGUGAGUGAGGUGAGAGAACGUGUGGAUCAGGGUUACCGCAUGGAGUCGCCCGAUGAAUGUCCGCCCGAUGUUUACACCAUCAUGAGGUCCUGCUGGGAAACAGACCCCAAAAAGAGGCCGUCCUUUCACAAACUGAGAGACAAACUUGAGAAAGAGUUUGGGAGAUAUGAGGCGUGAUGCAGUGUCAAUUUCCAGACGUGGAAACGGCGAGUCAACAUUGACUUUGAACGGCUUUUGUAAAACUUUCUAUUUAUAUUGACACAUUUUAUUUAUGUAUGUUUGAGAUUUUUUUGUUUGUUGAAGAAAUAACAUUUGAAAUACUAAAUUACCUAAAUUAACACAGUGAUGGCUGUUGAAAAAUUUCUGACUUUGGCACAAAUUAAUCUGUAAAAAUAAAUGAAGUUUAACAUGUUAACAGGGAUCAGUUGUUUGCCAUCAUCCCGGAAAAUCAAAACUACACAA